AUGCAAGUACUCUUCAGGACUCCAGAAGAGCAACAGACGGAUGACGAUCCAAACCACACAUUCUGCAAGUUCACGAAUUUUAGGAGGAAUUUCCCUAGUAUCUUGGGGUCACGCAUACUGGCUUUGCAUGUGCUGUGCACGUACACGAGUGUACUACACUAUAUUCCCAUUGAUCACAUGAUGACGUCAUCACGCAUUGCCUGCGUUGCUGUUCUUGCCUUUGUCCUAACCGCGACCUCGGCGCUGUGCUACAUCGUCACUGACGGCGCGGCGCGGCGGCAGAGCGCGAGCGCGAGCGCGAGCCAUGGCGAGGCUCAGACCUACAUCGUGCUCGUCGAGCCACCACCGGCGCACGCGCGCGGCGGCGGCGAGGACGACCAGGCUGCGCACCGCAGGUGGCACGAGUCGUUCCUGCCUGGCGCCGGCGAAGGAGGGCAGCGGCCGCGGCCGCGCAUCCGCCACUCGUACACGGGCGUGCUGUCCGGAUUCGCCGCCACGCUGACGGGCGGCGAACUCGACGCCGUGUCGAGGAGGCCCGGGUUCGUGCGGGCGUUCCCGGAGAGGAGAUUGCCGCUCAUGACGACGCGCACGCCGGGGUUCCUCGGGCUGGCGCAGGGGCGGGGCGUGUGGAAGGAGGCGCGAUACGGCGAGGGCGUGGUGGUGGGGCUGCUCGACACCGGCAUCGACGCGGCACACCCGUCGUUCCGCGACGACGGCAUGCCGCCGCCGCCGGCCAAGUGGAAGGGCGCGUGCAUGUCGCCCGCCCUGUGCAAUAACAAGCUGAUCGGCGCGACGUCGUUCGUCUACGACAACAACACCGUCGAUGAGGUCGGCCACGGCACGCACACGGCUGGCACGGCGGCGGGACACUUCGUCGACGGGGUCUCGGCCUUCGGCCUCGCCCCGGGCACCGCCUCCGGGAUGGCCCCCGGCGCUCACCUCGCCAUGUACAAGGUCUGCAACGGUCAAGGGUGCUUCGAGUCCGACGUGCUCGCCGGGAUGGACGCGGCGGUGAAGGACGGCGUCGACGUGCUGUCCAUCUCCCUCGGCGGCCCGUCCGUGGCGUUCGACAAGGACCCGAUCGCCAUCGGCGCGUUCGGGGCGGUGUCCAGAGGCAUCUCCGUCGUGUGCGCCGGCGGUAACAGCGGGCCGAUGCCGUUCACUCUGUCCAACGAGGCGCCGUGGAUGCUCACCGUGGCGGCCGGGUCGGUGGACCGGAGCUUCCGCGCCACCGUGCGCCUCGGCGACGGCGAGGCGUUCGACGGCGAGUCGCUUAGCCAGGACAAGCGCUUCAGCUCCAAGGCAUAUCCCCUCUACUACUCUCAGGGCACCAACUACUGCGACUUCUUCGACGCCAACAUCACCGGCGCGGUUGUCGUGUGCGACACCGAGACGCCGCUGCCUCCGACGAGAUCCAUCGACGCGAUCAGGGAGGCCGGCGGCGCCGGCGUGGUGUUCAUCAACGAGGCGGAUUUCGGUUACACCAUCGUCCUCGAGAAGUACUACGACCUACCCAUGUCGCAGGUGACGUCCGCCGACGGCGCAAAGAUCAUGGGCUACGCAGGGGUGGGUUCGCCGGCGGGAUCCCAUACCGCAACGAUCGUGUUCAACAGCAGUGUGGUCGGCGUCAAGCCGGCGCCCGUCGUCGCGGCGUUCUCGUCGCGCGGGCCGAGCGCGGCGAGCCCCGGCGUGCCGAAGCCGGACGUCAUGGCGCCGGGUCUGAACAUCCUCGCCGGGUGGCCGUCGCAGGUCCCCGUUGGCGACGGCGCCGAGUCGUACAGCUUCAACGUCGUCUCCGGCACGUCCAUGGCGACGCCGCACGUCACCGGAAUCGUGGCCCUCAUCAAGAAAGUGCACCCAGACUGGUCGCCGGCGAUGAUCAAGUCGGCGAUCAUGACGACGUCCAGCGCCUUGGACAACGACGGGCACGCGAUCAUGGACGAGGAGCACCGGAAGGCCAGGUUCUACACCGUCGGCGCCGGCCACGUGGACCCGGCGAAGGCCAUCGACCCAGGCCUGGUCUACGACCUCGCCGCCCGCGACUACGCCGCCUACAUCUGCGCGCUCCUCGGCGAGUCGUCCCUGAGAACCAUCACCGGAGACAGCGCCGCGACGUGCGCCGAGGCGGGCUCCGUCGCGGAGGCCCAGCUGAACUACCCGGCCAUACUGGUCCCGCUGCGCCCGGGCCUCGCGUUCACGGUGAACCGCACGGUGACGAACGUCGGGCCGGCGAGGUCGAGGUACACCGCGCGGGUGGACGCUCCGGGCUGUACGACGGUGAAGGUGGAGCCGGCAGAGCUGGUGUUCAAGGAAGCGAUGGAGAGGAAGACGUUCGCGGUGACGGUGACGGUGAGUGGCCGCGAUGGCGGGGGCGCCGGCGGCGGCAGGCGCGUCGUGGCCGAGGGGAGCCUCCGGUGGGUGUCGCGGCAUCACGUCGUGCGGAGCCCGAUCGUGGCGGACGGCAGCGUGGCUCCAAAGUCGGCACAGAAAGUUUAAUUAGCCUAUUUUAUGCUCAUCGACAUUAUAUCGCGUUUACAUAAGAUUUGAAAAGAUUAAUUACUAUCUCUAACUCAUGUGUCAUCCAUGGUCCAUGCGCCAUAUUAUACAUUUCAAGAGGAACGUUUUACAGCAAAAUUGUAUCGAAGUUUACGGUCGCCGGGCCAUGCGAUCAAUUCCCCACUCCCGUGUGUCCUAAAAUCGACAUAUUUUCAACAAAGAAAAAAAGAAUCUUACGAUUGAUU